AUGCCAAGUAAGUAUGAUGACGGUGAAAGUCGUUUAAAUGAAUAUGAGGUUGUUAAAAAAAUUGGCAAUGGUAGAUUUGGCGAAGUAUUCUUAGUAAAACAUAAGAGAACACAAGAAUUUUUUUGUUGGAAAGCUAUUUCUUAUAGAGGUUUAAAAGAAAGAGAGAAAUCUCAGUUAGUCAUUGAAGUAAAUGUUAUGAGAGAGUUAAAGCAUAAAAAUAUUGUUAGAUAUAUUGAUAGAUUCCUAAAUAAAGCAAAUCAAAAGUUAUAUAUAUUAAUGGAAUUUUGUGAUGCUGGGGAUUUAUCUAGAAAUAUACAAAAAUGCUAUAAAAUGUUUGGGAAAAUAGAAGAACAUGCAAUUAUAGAUAUAACAAGGCAACUAUUACAUGCUUUAGCAUAUUGCCAUAAUUUAAAAGAUGGACCUAAUGGGGAAAGAGUGCUGCAUCGAGACUUAAAGCCUCAAAAUAUAUUUCUAUCAACAGGAAUAAGACAUAUAGGAAAAAUAACAGCACAGGCAAAUAAUUUAAGUGGUAGACCUAUAGCAAAAAUUGGUGAUUUUGGUUUAAGCAAAAAUAUAGGAAUAGAAAGCAUGGCACAUUCGUGCGUUGGGACCCCAUAUUAUUGGUCUCCUGAAUUAUUAUUACAUGAAACAAAAAGUUAUGAUGAUAAAAGUGAUAUGUGGGCCCUUGGUUGUAUUAUAUAUGAAUUAUGUUCAGGUAAAACCCCUUUUCAUAAAGCAAAUAAUUUUGCUCAAUUAAUAUCUGAAUUAAAGAAAGGACCUGAAUUACCAAUAAAAGGAAAAUCAAAAGAGUUAAAUAUAUUAAUUAAAAAUUUAUUAAACUUAUCUCCAAAAGAAAGACCAAGUGCUUUACAAUGUUUGGGAUAUCAAAUCAUCAAAAAUGUUACUCCAUCUGUUAUAAACAGAAAAGAUUCAUCUGCAGAAAUAUCAAAAAUGGAUAAUUGUAAAACUAUAGAGGUAAAACCUUAUGUUAUUCCUCAAAGCGAGUUAAUAAAUAAAAGAAACAGUGAACAUGAAAGAAGUUCAAGUUGCUUAAGUAGACAAAGUGCUAAUCAUAUAACUAAAGAUAAUUUGAAUUAUAAUCAAGACAUAAAUAAUCAUAUUAUAAUAAAUGGACAAUAUCCUAAUAGAGAAAAGAAAAAAUUAUAUGAUAUAGAAAAAGAACGAUUAGUAGAAAAGGAAAAAAUGAAAAGAGAAUUAAUAGAAAGAGAGCAACUUGAGAGAAAUAGAAUAGAAAAGGAAAGUACUCAAAGAAAAGCUUUAGAAAUUAAAUUAAUGGAAAAAAAGCGUUUGGAGAGAGAAAGAUUAGAAAGAAUUGAAAGAGAAAAGGCAGAAAUAAUAGAAAGAGGAAAAAUAGAAAGGAUAGAAAGAGAAAGAAUGGAAAGAGAAAGAGUACAAAAACUUGAAAGAGAAAGAAUAGAAAGAGAAAGAAUACAAAAAAUUGAAAGAGAAAGAAUAGAAAGGGAAAGAGUACAAAGACUUGAAAGAGAAAGAAUAGAAAAAGAACGGAGGGAAACUUUAUUUACAAUGGGAAUAGAUAAUAAUAAUAUGGACCUCAUAGAAAAAAUAAGAUUACAAUCAAAAAAUCAGGAGAGUUAUAAUUCUUUCUCAAGGAUGAAAGAAAAAUAUGAAAAUAUGAAUAAUUUAAAAAAUUAUAUGUAUGCUAAUAUGAAAUCAAAAAAUUAUGAUGAUGAAAAUUUUGAUAAAUGUGAUAUGAAUACUUUUUUAAAAAAAAACUCCAUUAGUACUAUUUCCAGCAAAAAUAUGCAAAAUUAUAGCAAUAAUAGUACACAAAUUAAUAACAAUUACAGUGGUGUCGACGGUUAUAGUGGUUAUAAUAAUCAUAGUACAUUGAGUCACUAUAGCAGUAACUCUGUAGAAAGUGUGAAAUAUAAAAAUAGUAAUAAAUAUCAAGUAAACACUACAAAGAACACAAGAGAUUUGUACAAUGAAAAUAAUGAGUCUACUUAUAAAAUCCCUAAAUAUGAAAAAAAAUUCAAAGAUAAUAAUAAUACAUGUAAAAGUAGUAGAAUAUCAAACAUAUAUUUUAAUGAUAGUGCUAGGCGAAGUGUUAGUGCUUUACCACAUAUGAAUAAUCUUAGUAGACGCAAGUCAAGUAUGUAUGUAUGUAAAGAUAAUGAAUAUAAUAAAAAUAAUAUACAGGAAAAUAGAAAUUUUGAAAGUCUUGAAAAAGAUAGAGAAUAUUUACUAGAAAAAAGAAAAAUAUUAUUGGAAAAAGAAAAAGAAAUUUAUGAAAGAAUAAGACAGAACAACAAUUAUACAUACUCUACCAUGCAAAGAUAUGAUAGAUGUGAAAAUAUGAGAAAUAUAAACAAAUUAAAUGACCAAGAAAGCAGACGUAAUAGAAGUAUGUCUGUAUGCGUAAAUGAACAAGAAAAAAGGAAUUCAUUUAAAAUGAAAAAUAAAUAUGGAAAUGAUGAAAAUGAAUAUAUUAGAAAUAGAAAUAUUUACACUUUAAAAAAUUUAAUACAUAAUAAUGAAGACGAUACAUACGAUAGAAAUUUGUAUAGUUGCAGAUGA